AUGUUACAGUUCAGAAGAUUUAACAGUUCCAGCCCGGGAUCUGCUGCUUUGAAGAAGACUGCAUUGUAUGACUUACAUGUGUCACUAGGGGGUACUAUGGUCCCUUUUGCCGGUUACAGCAUGCCAGUAUUAUACAAGGGUGCUACCCAUAUCGAAUCUCACCAAUGGACCAGAGAACAUGCUGGCUUGUUCGAUGUUUCCCAUAUGUUGCAAAGUACUUUAAAGGGGCCAAAAUCGAUCGAGUUCUUACACAAAGUGACACCAACAGAUUUCAAAGCUUUGGAACCUAAAAACGGUACGCUAUCCGUUCUAUUGAAUGAAAACGGUGGUAUUGUUGAUGAUACUUUAAUAACUAAAAUCAAUGACGAAGAGUUCUACAUUGUGACGAACGCAGGUUGCAUUGAAAGAGAUACGGAAUUCCUGAAAGACGAAUUGAGUAAAAUAUCUGAAGGUGUAUCAUGGGAAACUCUCAAGGAUAGAUCAUUGUUAGCGUUGCAAGGUCCACAAGCUCGUUAUGCGUUGGCCAAGUUAGUGAAGCAUGGUGACUUGAAGACUCUAUACUUUGGACAAAGGGAUGAUUUCGAAUUAACGGAGAAUAUAUCAGCACAGGUUGCUAGAUCUGGAUACACAGGUGAAGAUGGGUUUGAAAUAAGUGUAUUGAAUAAGGAUGCCGCAUUAUUAGCCCAGCUGUUGUUAGAUCAGCCAGAGGUGAAACCUAUCGGUUUAGCUGCAAGAGACAGUUUAAGACUAGAGGCAGGAAUGUGUCUCUAUGGUCACGAAUUGAGCGAAUCCAUAACACCAGUGGAGGCAGCAUUGAACUGGGUCAUUAGCAAGUCAAGACGUGAUGGUUCCUUGGGGAAAUUCAACGGAUUUGACAAUAUCAUCGCUCAGAUCAAGGAUAAAUCAUAUGACAAAGUCAGAGUUGGUUUCAAAUAUCAAGGUAAGGGACCAGCUGCCAGACAAGACACCCCAAUUCUAAACGAUUCAGAUGAACAAGUUGGUGUUGUCACCUCGGGAAGUGCAUCCCCUUCCUUAGACGGUAUCAACAUUGGACAAGCCUAUGUGAAAAAGGGUCUUCACAAGAAGGGUACUCAACUAAAAGUUCAAGUGAGAAAGAAGACUUACCCAAUUGAGAUCGUCAAGAUGCCAUUGGUGCCCACACAUUACUACCGUCCAGAGUAA